AUGAUUAUUGAAAUGCGUCGUUUGAGUGUUGGCCUUUCAUGCCUGGCAGUAGGUUUAUCAAUUGCAGCAUUGAUUACAAGUUCGUGGGAUUGUGGGAAUCUGUUCUCCUCCUGUCAACGUACAUCAUAUAAAGACACGGCAGCAGCUGUUGCUGGAUUAAUAAUAUUAGGCAUUGUUUGUCUACUAAUCAUAAUUAUAUUAGAUUCUGUUGCAUUUUGCUCUGAGGUAUUUGCUUCACGUGCUGCUUAUACAACUAUACGCUUUAUUAUCCUAUAUCUUGGAUCUGCUGCAUUAUUAAUCGGUGUUCUACGGUUACUGGGGCUGUAUUAG